AUGAAGGAAGAGCCUGAUGAACCAAAGGCCAGUGACAUUAAUCCUGACAUUUUGCCCAUGGAAAUUCAAAUCCCGUCUACAGUCGAACGCGAUCCAAACGGACCUCCAAUGCUCUUCCUGACCCUGAGAGGGAAAGGCCUCAAGUACAUCGGACGGACGACAGGGUCUUCGGAUAUGAAUCCACUGUUUCAGAUUUCAGCAUCCAACGGGAAAUCAAUGGAUCAAGUAUAUCGUUCAGAGCACAUCCCGAAGUCAUUAAACCCGAAAUGGAGAGAAGCAGCGAUUGAUAUUGAGGCAAUAUGCGGCGGGGACCUGAAAAGGCCCUUACGAGUUUCGGUCUACAGCUUGCAAGCAGGGACCCGUCGAUCCCCUUUGGGUUUCUUUUCCGCCAACGUUGCCGAGCUUCUGAAAAGUGCUGUCCACGGCGGCAAGUCACCAAAAUCAUUCGGUUCGGGCUUUGGCAGCAUCAUCGUUAUGAAAGCGGAGAUUUUUCCUUCCCUGCACUCCGCGAAUGCGAAGAAGUCGGGCAUUUCUGAUGAACAGCAAGAGCCAGCUAAAUCGGAAAACAAUCUUGACAUGCAGUCUUCGCCGAAUGAAAGCGAAAUCGUCAGCGUCGUGCAAUCUGAAAGUCUUCACAAAACCAAUCCAACUGCUGGGUUCCCGUGUGACGAAUCUACAGCACAAGAAACAAAAUUGCAUUCGGGAACAGUCAACCAAAUCCAGCCUCCACCUAAUUUCCACAUAUCGUCUGAUGUGGGUGAAGAGGCCAUCGCACAGAGCACUUCAACUCAGACAAAGGAAGACAGCGAUCCCGCCGUGGUCGAGAAUGCGGAAGUGCGCAAUCAGCAUCUGCCUGAGGUAGAAAAUGGCCAAUGCCCAAGGACCGAAAUCGAAGCAGGAACCAUGGAACACGGUCAACAUCUAGAAGAGGGCACCGCGGAAAGACCAAGUUCGGUGUCCUUAGGCGCGAGCGACGAUGCUCUCGAGGAAUCGGCGGAAAGGUUACAUCCUUCUCACCAGGACUUGCAGGUGGAUCCAGACACUGCAACAUCAGCAGAUGAAAUGCAUCACCCCGAGAGUCAGCCAGAGGCACAACCUCCUUCGAUUCCGUCUACAGCGGAUCUUUUGAAAGAGUUCGAAUCCACGUUAUCUGGACUAAACCCUGACGGCAGCAAAGAUACGGAAAACAAUGUGCCGCACACAAACGAAAGUUUGCUUACACAAGAGCCUUCCGCGACGAAACUAGAUCAAGGGGGGGAUGAGAUUGGGGACGGAGUCACACAACAAAGCGAAACUGCAUCCUGGGCAUCUCGAAGUAUCCCACGUCCGCUUUCAACGGCAGGUACCCAUACCGCCAAUGAAAACGAGAGCAACCCAGCUGCAGUCGUACUCACUGGUGAUCUCAUCAAUGCCGAAAGCGCUCCAAUGCCUAUGCCGGCAGUGACGGACCUCCUGCAGGACUUUGAAACGACUUUGAAUCGUUUGGCAGAAGCUCCAGAGGAAGCCCGCGCGAACGCCGAGCCUGACAGGAGUCUUUUGCAAGGUGCCGCCUCGGACAACCGUGCUCUCUCUCCCCAAGUUGAAACCUCAUAUGAGUUUCACCCUGUUGCCCAAAUCCCUGCGGGCUCCAUAGAAAGGUACUCGUCCACUCUAGACGGCUCCGAAAGGGGAUCACACCAGACGGAGCCCGACACGAGCGAUUUGAUGUAUGAAUUCGAAGAGACUCUUAAGCGGUUGUCGGGAGCUGAGGACGGGAACGAGAGCAUUCCUCCUUCCAUUGCAGCUGCGAUUCCCUCUGAACAUGGCGAAGUCGUAGAAUCGGCAAAUGUUGGCGCAGCCAGCAGUCUAUCGGAGCAUGGAAGACUCUCGGCCGAAACUACGGCGUUAGUUCACGAAUUAGAAGAAGCAAAGGAACAACUCAAGCGGUCCCUUGUUGGCAACAAUGAAUUGCAGAAGUCCUUGGAAACGCUACGCGAAGAAGCUCACAGCGCAAGGUGCGAGAAGGUUGCUGCCGUGACUGCGCUCCAGAAAUUCGAGGAACAAAAGGAGCUUGUUCUGUCUUUCAACAAUGGCCUUCUCGAACAGAUUUCUUCUCUGGAAAAGAAUAUGAAAGAGAAGGAAUUGCUCGUGCGAGAUGGAAAAGAAAAAUACGAUACCUUAGUAGCUCAGAAGACGUCUCUGGAGUCCCAGCUCAACCAGGCAAGGCAAGAAAAAGAGCAGCUGGAAGUUGCCUUGUCAGAAUCUAGAGCGGCAAUCGUCACAAGCGAGGCAAGAGUAGCGGAGGCGGUUGAUUCCGUGAUGAGGAUGAAGGUAGAAAUUGACGUUCUUGUCCAGUCGAAAGAUGAUGAAAAGCGGGCCAGUGCCUUGAGGGAGGAAAAACUAGCAGAGGAGAAUGAGGGUUUGAUCGAUGAAUUGAUAAAAACUCGGGCAGCAUGCGAAGAGGCAUCGGCUCGAUUAGAAGAAAAAUCUGCGCUGAUUCUUGGUUUCGAAGAAGAGCGAAAGAAGCAUCUUCAGGAUAAUCGCAUUCUCACCAGGUCGUUGGAGGAGGCGCAGGCGGAUGCAGCCGCAAGAGUUGCACAACUGGAGGAGUCAAUGACCGUCAACGAUAGGCUAAUUGUCAACAUGAAAAUGCAGAUGGAUUCCCUUCGAGCCGAAAAAGCAGAAUUGGAGGCAACUAUUGAGGAAGUACGACGAGAAAACGAAGAGACGAUCGCAGAUCUUAGGCGUGAAAUAGACGACAACGUGGCGAGGCAGCUUCAAAGAGAUGACAAUGAUGCGAGACUGGAAAUCGGUGACUACGAAAGAAGGCUUGCCGAGAAAAGCAGAUUGGCUCGACGAACCCUGGAAACUAUGCUUGUCGAAGCGGAAAUCAAUCUUUUAAUGCGCGAGGAGAGGGCUCGAAACGACAAUCUGAGGUUCAACGCAGUCACGACUGAAGUCAAUGCUUUGAAGGCACAACUCAGGCUGGGGGAGAACCGAAGCUUAUCGGCACAAUCACCAAUCGAAGGACAGGCCCAGAUCGAUGAACUAAGAAGGCAGUGUGCAGCACUGGAGGACGAGAAAAACGCCGUUGUUAAAUCCUUGAAGGAUGCGGAAGAUCUUGCGCAGACACUCAGAAAGGAUAUGACAGAAUCCAACAAGAAGGCCUUGAUGUUGUCAGAAUCGGUUAAGGCGAGAGAUAGGCUCGUCGAAAAAGCUCAGCACGAACUAGCGGCCUUGGGCCAAGAGAAACUAGAGCUGGAGCUGUCAGUGAACAGAGAAAGGCUCGAGAGCGAAGCCAGGCUGAAGGAGGCAAACGAUCGUGUAUCAGGAAACAUUAGCGAGGCUUUGAAGGCUACACUGACGCAAGCUGGUGCAAAGGUCAAAGUGUUUGAGGGGAAGGCAGUUGCUGAUGCUGCGAAAAUCAAUGAGCUCACAUCUCAAAACAACGAGAUGAAGACACGGCUUGCGCACGUGGAGAAAGUACUACAAGAUCAGUCGCAAGCUGCGCAGAAGCUUGGCGAGGGAUUGCAGUUGCGAGAUAAGAUCAUCGAGGAACUCAAGGCCGAGAAGGCCACACUCGAUUCCGCCCAUGAAGCUGCAAAGACAGAGAAAGACGCCCUUGUCACUGCUUGCAGAGUACUGGAGGUAUCUGCGAAGGACAAAGAUGCAGAGCUCGGGCGGCUGGGAGCAUCAAAGAAUGAGGUGACUAAACUUGAGGAAGAGGUUGGCGAGUUGCGGGCAAAGGUUCCACGGCUCGAAUCAGAUGCCAAGGGUUUGUUUGGGGAUCUGGUGGAGGCACGAAAGCAGAUAUCAGAUCUUGAGGCGACAGUACAAUCCAAGGACUCAGAUUUGCAGCGGCAGCGCGAAGUCGUCACAGCAUUGAAACGAAGUCGAAGGAAUUCAUCGGCACCUGCGGUUGAUCAAGAAAAGCUUGCGGAAAUUGAGGCCGAGCGCGACUCAGCGCUCAAGUCAGCUAAAAAGCUCCAGGGUCAAGUGAAAGAGUUGAAGAAGGAUCUUGACGGGGCAAUUUUUGCCAAGGGUAUCUACGAAGGUUACUGGAAAGACGCAAACAUCAAAAUUGAAGAAAUGCGUGGCUUCAAUGAGACAAAGAACGAGUUGCGAAGGUCCACUAGCGGGAACGCUGGAAGGAGGAAAUCGAGUAGCAGGUCUGUUGCCAGUAACGACGGCACGAGGUCUGAAAAGAGGAAGCCAAAACGUCUCUCUGCAGUCAGGGAAUCGACGACUUCCUCUGUCCCCAGCACGGUUGUUUCAAAAGUGAACAGAGCGUCCGUUCCACGUUCUUCUGCUCGAAUACCGCGACAGUCUGUUCGGGAGGCCAGUGGUGGCACGCGGGGAUCUGUUGCGCCGAAACGAGUGCCGCGAAGAUCAAGAAUGCUGUCUGUGGAGGACAACAAAGCCCGACAAGCUGCAAGAGCUCAGCGUGCAUCGAUACGACAAACACAAGGUGCACGAGUCUGGCGUACUUUGUCGGGAACAACUACGUCCAGCCCCGAUGAGGUUAUUGGUAAAACUGCAUUGUUUGCAUCACUUAAUUUUUCUGAGGUGAAAGCACUUGCAGAAGCAAGUACGUGUCAUCAAAUUGGCUGCAACGAGUACAUUUGUCGCGAGGGGGAUGAAGGGGCAAGCAUGUUUAUUGUUGCCCAGGGUGUCAUCGAUAUCACCAUACAAGAAAAUAAACCCGGGCAGGAUCCUACUGAACUUCACUUGGCGCAGCUGCGGGCAGGUGACUAUCUUGGUGAGAUGAGUUUGCUGACAGGAAAACCCCGUACUGCAAAUGGAAAAGCUGGCAGUCAAGGUACUGUGGAAGUCAUUGAGAUUAGCAAAGAUGCUCUGAUGCCACUGAUGACGAAACGCAAAGAACUGGCUAAGCAGCUGGCCAAGAUUGUGGCAGAGCGUCAAAUGGCAACCCAAGGCGCGAUGAAAGAUGGCAAGGUUGACGCGGGUGCCCUUGACAAAAAAUCCAAAGAAGUCUCCAAACAGAUCAAGUCGUUUUUCGGGUUUGGGCGGUCGUCAAAAGAGGCCAAGGAAGAGAAAGAGGAACCGACAGCACCAACGCAACAAGACAAGCCAAGCGACCAACAAGGUCUUCCAUCCAUCGCGAACACAGAUGGAGACACUGCACAGAGACCAUCUCGGCUACGCAGGGCUGUAUCCAUCCGACGUGGGAGUGCGUUCAUGCAAAGAGCUUCCGAAACUGCUCCACCUGCAGCUGAAACCAUCACCGAAACCCCGGGUGCUCAGGUGGAUGAUAGGGAGAAUCGAGAGUCCCCUGGCGAUGUAGAGGUUAUUGGUAACACUACUCUCUUUGCUUCACUCAAUUUUUCUGAGGUGAAAGCCCUUGCAGAGGCAAGCACACGUCACAAAGUCCGGUUUUAUGAGUACAUUUGCCGAGAGGGCAAUGAAGGGUCAAGCAUGUUUAUAAUUGUCCAAGGUGUGAUUGACAUCACCAAACAAGAACAGAAGGAGGGUGAAGACCCCACUGAAGUUCACUUGGCACAGCUGCGUGAUGGUGAUUACUUUGGGGAGAUGAGUUUGCUCACAGGCAAACCACGUGCAGCAAAUGGGAGGGUCAGCAGUCAUGGUACCACUGAGGUUAUUGAGAUUGGCAAAGAUGCUCUGAUGCCACUGAUGAAGAAACGAAAAGAUCUGGCCAAACAGCUUGGUAAGAUUGUCGUGGAGCGUCAAAUGGCAAUCCAAGGUGCCAUGAAGGAUGGCAAAGAUAAUACAAAGGCCAUUGACAAGAAAUCGAAAGAGGUAUCCAAACAGAUCAAGGCGUUCUUUGGGUUCAAGAAGUCAUCAGGAGGCGACGGCGCGGAUUCGGACUAG